CUAGCCUCUAUCGCUAAUAAAGAAACAAUGGCGACAGCGGCAACUGCAGCGGGCGGAACGGGCUCCGGAGGACCAUCGGCCGGCCAGGCGGGCGCCGGUUCCUCGAUUGGACGGAAAAAAGACGGAGGGCCUUCUUCCAAAUUUUGGGAGAGCUCGGAAACGGUGUCGCAGUUGGAGACAGUUCGGCUGUGGACUGGGAAACAUUAUAAGAAGUAUGUCCAAACCGACUCUCCUACAAACAAAACUUUGGCUGCGCUGGUGGUGCAGUUGCUGCAGUUUCAGGAGGAUGCAUUUGGGCGUCGAGUCAGCAAUCCUGCUCUUACCAAACUACCUGCAAAGAGCUUUCUGGAUUUCAAACCUGGAGGAGCCCUUUGCCACAUUCUGGGUUCUGCAUACAAGUUCAAAAGUGAGCAAGGCUGGAGGAGGUUUGAUCUGCAGAACCCAUCCAGAAUGGAUAGAAACGUGGAGAUGUUCAUGACUAUUGAGAAGACUCUUGUUCAGAACAACUCUUUGACCCGACCAAUUGUGUACAUUGUGUCUGACAUGGAGCAAAAGCAAGCCAAUAAGCUGAAAGACAUCAUUAAGAGACAUCAGGGAACCAUCACUGAAGAAAAGUCAAAGGCCACUCAUAUUAUUUACCCCUCCCCAGCCCAGGUGGAAGAAGAGGAAUGGCUACGUCCCGUCAUGCGCAAAGACAAGCAAGUUUUGGUUCACUGGGGCAAUUAUCCUGACAGUUAUGACACAUGGGUAUCAACAAAUGAUGUGGAUGGAGAUGUUGAGGAUGCACCAAGUUCUGAGAAACCAUGGAGGGUGCAUGCAAAAUGGGUCAUCGACACAGAUGCUUUCAACGAGUGGAUGAAUGAGGAAGAUUACGAAGUGGAUGAGAGCAAGAAACCUGUGAGUUUCCGCCAACGGAUCCUUCCAGGGGAGGAAGUGUCUUCCCGUACACCUGAUCGUAAGGACCGCAAGUCCCUGGUUGCCGGCAAGAAGAGGAGACGCUCUCCAUCCCCACCCAGCACCCCUGUGGAGUCCCGCAAAAAGGGCAAGAAAGGGAAUCCUGGAUCACAGGGGAGGCGCCGUGGACAUCAAAAUGAUGACGAGCAGGAUGAAGACCUCACAAAGGACCUGGAAGAUCCCUCCCCUGUGCCAGGAAUGGAGGAAGUUACAUUGCCAAAAAAUUUCAAUCAGAAAAAGGACAGUGAGAACACACCAGUGAAAGGCGGAACGGUUGCUGAUUUGGAUGACCAGGAAGAUGAUUCACUAGCAUCUGGAGGCAAGGAAGAGGAUGAACAGGGCAAAACAGAGGUCAAUCGUCUGAUCGACUCUGAGGACAACGUGACUGAACAAACCCAUCACAUCAUUAUACCCAGCUAUGCUGCCUGGUUCGACUACAACAGUAUACAUGAAAUUGAGAGGCGUGCCCUGCCAGAGUUCUUCAAUGGCAAAAACAAAUCUAAGACUCCAGAGAUCUAUCUGGCUUAUCGUAACUUCAUGAUUGACACAUACCGGCUGAAUCCUCAGGAGUACUUGACCUCCACCUCCUGCAGGAGAAACCUCACUGGAGAUGUGUGUGCAGUCAUGAGAGUGCAUGCCUUUUUGGAGCAGUGGGGGCUGGUGAACUACCAGGUUGACGCUGAGAGCAGACCCCUCCCCAUGGGCCCUCCACCAACGCCACAUUUCAACGUUCUGACUGAUACUCCCUCUGGGUUAGUGCCACUGCAACACCGCCCUCCACAGGUUCCCCCUGCUCAGCAGAUGCUGAACUUCCCAGAAAAGGGCAAAGACAAGCCAACUGACCUGCAGAACUUUGGCCUCCGUACAGAUAUUUACUCAAAGAAGAAUCCCAAGGGCAAAGGGGCUGCUGCUGGGAGAGAAUGGACUGAGCAAGAAACGUUGCUUCUGUUGGAGGCUCUGGAGAUGUAUAAGGAUGACUGGAAUAAGGUUUCAGAGCACGUGGGCAGCCGUACACAAGAUGAGUGCAUCUUGCACUUCCUGCGGCUGCCCAUAGAGGAUCAAUACCUGGAGAGCUCCGAAGCCUCGCUAGGCCCUCUGGCUUACCAGCCGAUCCCCUUCAGCCAAUCAGGAAAUCCUGUCAUGAGCACUGUUGCAUUUCUUGCCUCUGUGGUCGACCCGCGUGUGGCGGCGGCUGCUGCCAAAGCAGCUUUGGAGGAGUUCUCGCGUGUGCGUGAGGAGGUUCCCAUGGAGCUGGUGGAGGCUCAUGUGAAGAAGGUACAGGAGGCUGCGCGCAGCACAGGAAAAGUAGACCCUGCGUUCGGCCUGGAGAGCAGUGGCAUUGCUGGCACAGCUCCUGAGGAACCAGAGAAAACCGAGCCGUAGUUCACUGACAAAUUAGCAGGUGAUGGCGAUUUACUACCACGUAACCGGCUUUACUGACGAGAUGCACAUGACAAUCACAUGCGAUUAAUUGCACAGCCCUAUGUUCUAUAUAAAGUGUUUAUAUAUAUUUAAUUAUGCUCUAAAUUGACUGAGUCUGUACAUUUUUGUUACCUUGUUCCAGAGAAAGACAAAGAUGAGGACAUGGAGACCACAGAGGAAGGGAAGGAGGGCGAGGAAGAGAAGGAAGAAGGAAAGAAAAAGCUUGAGUUGGAUAUCAGAGAGGGCAACAUCGCCACUGCCGCCGCUGCUGCCCUGGCCUCUGCUGCCACUAAGGCAAAGCACCUGGCUGCAGUGGAAGAGAGGAAGAUCAAAUCUCUUGUGGCUCUGCUGGUAGAGACUCAGAUGAAGAAGCUGGAGCUCAAACUCAGACACUUUGAAGAGCUGGAGACCAUCAUGGACCGUGAGAAGGAAGCCCUGGAGCUCCAGAGGCAGCAGCUUUUGACAGAGCGACAGGCAUUCCACAUGGAGCAGUUGAAGUACGCUGAGAUGAAGGCUCGUCAGCAGAUUGAGCAGCAGGCAGCUGCGCAGCAGAAUGCAGGAGGACAUCACGGACCAUCUCCGCACGGCCCCCCUCCAGGCAUGCACCCUGGACACCCAGGACAUCCCGGGCACCCAGGCCCUGGAUAUCCCCCCAUGCACCAUGCCAUGGGUCCCCACCAUGCCCCUCAGACAGGACCACUGGUUGGACCAGGCCAGCCCAUGCCAGGUCAGCCUAUACCAGGCCGAAUGAUGCCUGGACCUCCCCCAGUUGGACCCCCACAGGGUGGCAUGCCUCCCAUGAUGGGACCUCGACACCCUGGACCACCCAACGGCAUGUACCCAGGUCCACCUCCAACCGCACAGCCUGAUGGGAUGCCCCCUGGCCCAGUGGGACCUCCUGUAUCUGCGCCCCCUCCUCGUGCUGCUGAAAACUAAACUAUUCACCCCAUCCCUGCACACACGUACACAUACACACGCACAUUUGACAUAAAUCCAGAUUAAUCCGGGACCCCCACAGACCUGCUGUCGUUGCCUUUUGUAGUUUCGCCUUGCUGAUGGGUGGGUCAUCUCUAAAUCCUCUCGUUUGAGCUGAGCACUCACCUCCUCACCCACAAACAUUCACACGCUCGGGGCACAAAGUCAAGAGUGUGCUGCCUUUCCUGGGUCUCUUGGCUAGUAAUAGCACUGGCUUCUGUUCUGUUUCUCUCCUCUGUGUUUGUUUUCGAGAGCGUUCCGCAGACUCCUGCAUUUGAAGAGAAAGCUUGCUGCAGGCAUCCGGCUCUUCCCUGUAAUGUGACUGAAGGAAUCAUAUGUGUAUAUUGUGCUAAUCCGCGUAAGCUAAUCGCUCUAAGAUCGAAAUCACACUGUAGCUACGAGCCGGUCCACAGUGUCACGUCUCCUCUGGAGUCCUGUGGCACGCAGAGAACCUUUCCACUGCCUUACGUGUUUGUGGUGCAGUAUCCAUUUCAGCAGAGUUCCCAGUGGCUUCCUUCCUUGAGCACAUCUAUCUGAUAAUCUACCUCACCGGUGCAAUUGUAUUCAAUCUGUGCAUGGUGUGUGAAGCAGAUUUGCUUUAUGGUACUCUACUUGGUCAGCCACGCUGUGACCCAGAGAUCAAUGAGAGAUUGUAACUCACACCGCCACGAGUGCUCCGCUGUCCUAAAUGCGUCCCGAGUACUGUAUCCCCGAACGAGAGCACACCAGACUGCUGUUUUUAGAGAUGUACCCACACACGCAUUAACCUUUGUUUGCUUCAGAUACUGUGCAGAUUGACAAAUACACACAAACACACUUUAAAGACCUCUGUUUUGUUCUCUCGGAGAAUGCAAACGGAGGUGCAUAUGGUAUCACACUGAAGUGAUGGAGGAACUUUGCUUAUCUUAGCUGUAGCUGGCCUUUUGUGCUCCUCCCUUAGGUGCUGACAGAGUAGCUGCCCCGCCUCGCUCUACCUCUCUCACUUUACUACCUCUCUUUUCUCCUUCUCUCUUCCUGUUAUGGCUGUUCUCUCUAUCUUUUCUUUGUGUGUGCCCAUGUGACUGCUGCAUUACUGCUGUGUGGAGGCUGUCGUCGUCCUCCUCCUCAGGUGAACCAAGCCCUCACUUCAACACGGCCCACCCCACUACACACACACACACACACACACACACUUACAUGCACAUACACACGUAUUUCCUCUUCCAAAACUUUCCAGGCUGUAUAUCACCGAAAAACAGGGUGCGAAACCUUGCCCUCCCCAAUCUCCAUAUAUAUCUUUUAUUGCUUUUUAUUUUAUGGUGAUGUAUUUUUAAGAAAAUAAAGUUUGUGUAGACUCCGUUAUCGCUGUUCUUGGAA